AUGAAGCCAGGUCCGUCAGAUGAAUGUUGGAAUUUUAUCGAUGGCCUGGCAAUUUGGCGUGGUUGCGUCGGACUGAGCGGUUGGUUCGCGGAGGCGCUCCGGUCGAUGAGCAGCACUGGCUACGCAGCAUCGCUGGUUGUGUUGGGGGCUGCCCCGUCGUUGCUGCUAUGGCUCAGUUGGCGUCGCGGCUAUCGGCUCUCUUCCGAAGUGGAGCACUGGGGGGUCUGCAUGGGAGCGUACGUGAGGAUGAUGAGGCAGUAG